AUGUCAUGUUGCCGACGAGGCAACCUGGUUGGACGCGGCGUCAUGACCGCCCGAGACCGGCCUCGCAUCGUCUGCCUCUCUUUUGCUGACGACUUACGGAUAACUCUUCUUUUUUCGAUUCUCGGCACUCGGGGGGCCGAUACUUGCCUUGAGAAUGCGCCCGUCGCGUCCUGCAAAACGAGCAGCAAAGAGGAUCGUGUCCGAAAGAGGCGUGCGUGGUUACGAUGGGGGAUCCGGAGGGCAGCGACGGAUGCAACGCUCCGAUGGGCGGUGCCUGUGGCUGCCGGAGAUCUGGAGCCCGGUGGCGAUGGCAAGGCGAGGUGGCCCUGGGUUCGUCCCGGUCUCCCAUGGUUACUGUCCGUAUCUGUCAAGAUGCUGCGCUCGCGCCAAGUUGGUUCGCCUCGCUACGACAUGCCCAGUCCACCCGCAGAAGAGUAA